AUCAGGAGCUUCACGUAGUCAAACCACAGGUUUGAAAGAGCUGAGACACCAACAUCUUCAGACCCAGAGGCCAGGAGAAAGGCUCUGCUGUGCAAUGACAGAGCAGGUGACUCCCAGCCCCAUCUCAACAGAGCUGAUGGCCACCACUGACUUCUACCCCUGGGAGGACGGGUACUCGGGCGAGGCCAGCAUGUUGCCAGAGCUCUGUGAGAAGGAGGCAGUGCAGGGCUUCGCCCGCACCUUCCAGCCCGCCGUGUACCUGCUGCUCUCGCUGCUGGGCACAGCGGGGAACGGGCUGGUGCUGCUCACACACACUCGCUACCGCCAGGCACGCAGCAUCAGCGAUGUCUGCAUCCUGCACCUGGCUCUGUCCGACCUCCUGCUGCUCCUGACGCUGCCCUUCGCCAUCCUCGACACGCUGCAGGGCUGGUCCGCGGGCACAGCCGCCUGCAAGGCGCUGCAGGGUCUCUACGCCCUCAACUUCUACAGCGGCUUCCUCUUCCUCACCUUCAUCAGCGUGGAUCGCUACGUGGCCAUCGUGCGUGUGCCGGCCGCCUGCCGCCUGCGGCCCCGGGCUCGCCGGCUCGGCUGCCUGGCAGCGGGGCUGGCCUGGGGGGCGGCCGCGCUGCUGGCACUGCCCCCGUUCAUCUACAGCCGGGCAGAGCAGCACCUCGACCUCCGCCUCUGCCGCGUGGCGUUUCCCCGCGAGGUCUCACGGGCAGCCCGCGGUGCCACCAACCUGCUGCAGGUGCUGCUGGGCUUCGCGCUGCCCUGCCUGGUGAUGACGAGCUGCUACGCGGCCGUGGCACGGACGCUGCUGGCGAGCCGCGGUGCCCAGCCGCAGCGGGCUCUGCGGGUGCUGCUGGCCCUGGUGCUCGCGUUCGUGGCCCUGCAGCUGCCCCACAGCCUGAUGGUGCUGCUGGACGCGGCCGAGCUGCUGCUCCCCUGGGAGAUGAGCUGCGCGCAGAGCCGCCGCAAGGACCUGGCGCUGCUGGUCACGGGCGGGCUGGCGUACCUGCGCUGCUGCCUCAACCCGCUGCUCUACGCCUUCCUCGGGCAGCGCUUCCGCCGGGAGCUGCGGCGGCUCGCCAGCGAUGCCGGCUGUGCGGGGUGUCUCGGUCCGCGCUGCUCCGGCCGCUCCAGCCCCCGCCGGCGGGCAUCGCUCUCCAGCUACCUGGACGUGAUGUAG